ACCUAUAUAAAGUGGAAAAAAAAUAAAGGAAUAACUUUAGAAGGAUCAAAACCUUAACGAGCAUUCGUUAAAAGAAAUAAUAAAAAAAAACCUUAACAAGAAGAUCGUGAGCUACUCGACUCAAAACUUUAAUGAGCAUGAGUCGAGCAGGUUUUAUUGAAUCGAAACUUUAGUGAGCACGAGUUGAGUACAAGUAAAAAGUUUUCGAGUCGAAUCGAGCAUCCCUCAGCUCGUGAUCGGGUCGAAUCGAAAAAUUAAAAACCGAAUUAUAUUUCGCAUUAAAUUGGAUUUGGCCUAAAUUCAAACUAAAAACCGAAUGGACACGCCUAACCCUAGUUAUUUUUCCAAUCCGGACUCACCUACUUGAAAAGUCGAAAAUGACAUGACCGACCCGUUUCGUCUCAACCCAAGUUACCACCAACUCACACAAACAUGAUAUCGGCUCAACUGCAAACAAAACCAAUGCAAGUCCAUAAACUCCCACUCCUCAGAUCCUUUUCCACCACCACCAACUCCGCUGUAACUCCACCGUCAAAUUCUCUCUCCUCCGCCGCAACCGCCAUAGCCAACCUCGUCCUCACCACAGAAGACCCCAAAAUCCUCUCAAAAACCCUCUUAUCAUCCCCAGAUUUCACCUUCUCCGAACACCUUGUCAAUAAAACCCUCAAACUCCUCUGGAAUCAUGGCCCCAAAGCCCUCCAAUUCUUCACCAUUCUCGACAAUCACCUCGAUUACGCCCACUCUCUCUCCUCCUUCCACCACGCCAUUGACAUUUCUGCUCGUUUACGCGACAUCACAACUCUCUGGACUCUCGUCUCCCGCCUUCGCUCUCGCCGAUUGGGUCCCACACCAUUAACAUUCGCUAUUAUUAUCGAAAGGUAUGUUCUCUCUGGGAAACCUGAUAAAGCUAUUGAUAUUUUCUUGUCUAUGCAUAAGCAUGGCUGUUCACAAGAUUUGAAUUCGUUUAAUACUUUGUUGGAUAUACUGUGUAAAUCGAAAAGGGUUGAAAAGGCGCAUAAUUUGUUUAAGCUUUUUAAGGGUAGAUUUGGGGUUGAUGUUGUUAGUUAUAACAUAAUUGCAAAUGGGUGGUGUUUGAUUAAAAGGACUCCUAGAGCUUUGGAGGUGUUGAAGGAGAUGGUGGAGAGGGGUUUGAACCCUACAUUGACUACCUAUAACAUAAUCUUGAAAGGGUAUUUUCGGACCGGACAAACGAAAGAGGCGUGGGAGUUUUUCAAGGAGAUGAAGAAGAGGAAUUGUGAGAUUGAUGUGGUAACUUACACUACUUUGAUUCAUGGGUUUGGGGUUUUAGGGGAGGUUUCCAAAGCUAGGAGGUUGUUUGAUGAGAUGGUGGGAGAAGGGGUUCUUCCGAAUGUUGCCACUUAUAAUGCUAUGAUCCAAGUAUUGUGUAAGAAGGAUAGCGUUGAGAAUGCGAUUGUUUUGUUUGAGGAGAUGGGGAGGAAGGGGUAUGUAGCUAAUUCAGUGACUUAUAAUUUGUUGAUUAGAGGGUUGUGUCACACGGGGGAGAUGGAUAAGGCGAUGGAGUUCGUUGAGUUGAUGAAGAAUGAUGGAUGUCAUCCAAAUGUUCAGACUUGUAAUUUGUUGAUUAGGUACUAUUGUGAUGCUGGGGAUAUUGAGCAAGGUUUGGAUGUUUUUUAUUUGAUGGGUUCUUGGAGGUGCUUGCCAAAUAAAGAUACUUACAAUAUCUUGAUAGGUUCCACUUUUGUGAGGAAGAAAUCAGAGGAUUUGGUUGUUGCAGGUAGGCUGUUGAUUGAGAUGGUGGAAAGAGGGUUUCUUCCUACAAAGUUUAUCUACAAUCGUGUUCUGAAUGGGCUUUUGGUGACAGGAAACCAAGCUUUUGCUAGAGAGAUUCUGCAAUUGCAGAGUAAACUUGGAUCCCUUCCUCGGCACUUUAAAUUAUGAAAGCAUAUUGGAUGAAUUUGUAGAUUGCAGAUUGCUGAAGUCCAUACUGUCUCAGAGGGCUCUUCAGCCAAGGGGGUAAAAGGUUUGGAUGGGUUGAAUUGGGUGGUGUUAGCCCUGUUAGGUGUGGUGAGUUGGUUAUUUGGCCAAAGAUAUUGGUAUGCGGAUGGAUGAUGACAGAACUCCAGAACAAAAGCUUUUGUUUUUUCUGGUCAUAGCUAUCAGGCAUCUCAAUUUGGAGGGCUUUUUGAUACAUUAAGAGUUGCUCAAGGAAAUGAUUGAACUAUUCCUUUAUCCUAUAAUUUCUGUUCCAUCAUGCUAGCUGGGACUUAGGUAGUUAGGUUAUUUCAACUCGAGAUAUUAUGUACGUGGGAGCGACAGAUCCAGCUUCGUUUGAGGUUGAAUUCCAUUGGUGUCAUAGUGGCUGCCUACUGUUUCGAACUCUUGAAGCUUUGGGGGACAGAAAACUGGACAAUAUUGAAUCACUCGGCACUGUGUGCUCUCGUUCCAGAGAUUUCAAUUACAUAUACUUAUUUACGAAGUAUCACUGAGAGCACGUGCUGAAGAAAAUUGGAAUGCCUUCUCUGAGGUGUCCUCUGGCAGAAUAGGGAUGGGACCUGGUGAUCUCAGAAUUUAUGUUAAGUGGCAAGCCCCUCCUACUGAAUGGAUGACUCUUAAUACUGAUGGGAAGCAAGAGGAGCUCCCUGUCCAGCAGGGGAGG